AUGUCCCAAGCUGAAGAGAUGUACCCUUUCUAUCAGGACGGGCAGUGUUAUGGCGACGAGUCGCAGACGCUGCGCACCUGGCUGUCGGAGGAGCUGGCCAGGCAAAACGCCGCCCUCUGCCGGCACCUGGACCAGGCCCUGGAAAAGCAGGCCAAGACCCAGAAAAGUGCUCUGGAGCAGCUUGCGAUGAAUUUCAGCUCCACACAGAAGCACAUGAACGAUCUCCGGAUGGCUGGCCUGGCCAUGCCUGCGCCCGCGAAAUCGGACUCAAAGUCGGCAUCAGGGCUCAACGACGCCCCACCCCUGCCGAAUGCCACUUCAUCAAGGAGCCGCAACUCCUCAGAUACGUCGAGCCUGAACACGGCUUCCACAGAGCACGACCAGGUAGAUGGAAACCGGCGCCCCUCCAGGAUGGAGAAGGCCUGGCAAGAAGCGCAGGCGCAGAAGGAGCAGGAGAAGGCCGAGAAGACUCUCGCUCAGGGGACGACCUACAACCGGCUGGUCACACGCGUAGAGAUCGACUUUAAGGAGUCGGUCGUGGACGCCGUGGUUAGCUUUCUGGUUGUCCUGUAUACCUUCAUCCUGCUCCUGCAAACCCAGUGGAGGGGCUCCCAGGCAGCGGUCAUCCUUGGGCUUGAGGAUCCGGACGCCUCGUCUUGGCCCGGUGCAGAGAUGGCCUUCUUCAUAGUGGACCAUGUCUUCAAUGCAAUCUUCGUUCUGGAGAUUGCAUGGCGCUUGUACCAGCACAAGCUCCAAUUUCUUUGCGAUGUCUUCGGCGUCUUUGACGUGCUUGUCGUGGUAGCCACCAGCAUCGACGUCUACGUGCUGCAGCCCUUUGAUGCCGGGUAUGCGCAAAAUUUCGCCGUUGGGCGACUGACUCGCAUCUUCCGCCUGAUGCGAAUAUUCAGGGUUCUUCGAGUCAUGCGCUUCGCCAAGAAUCUGCAGCAGCUCCGACUGCUCGGAGAUGUCUUGUCCAAAUGCUUGAGCCCAUUGAUGUGGGCUUUGCUGGUACUGGGCAUCAUUAUGGUUGGCACGGGUGUCCUCAUGUCACAGCUGCUUGUCGAGCAUGUCCUGGACACCACGGCCGAUGAAGAGAACCGAAUGUGGGUCUAUAAUUACUACGGGAACGCCGUCAAAGCCACGUACUCCGUCUUCGAGGCGACCUUCUCGGGCUCCUGGCCUUUGCUAGCGCGGCCCUUGAUCCACGAGGUCAGCGAGUGGUUCUGUCUCUUCUGGAUUGCGUAUCAAGUCGUCAUCGGUUUCGCGGUGAUGCGUGUCAUCGGCGCCUUGUUCCUGAACGAAACGAUCCGUGCUGCCAACUCAGACGGUGAGGCAGAGGUGCUGCGGAAGAUGAAGGAGAAGGAGGCAUUCAGCCAGAAGGUCUACCAAUUCUUCACCGCUGCCGACGCUUCGGGCGACGGGCGCCUCUCUUACGAGGAGCUAGAAGCGGCCCUUCAGGAGCCGGGCGUGGAGGCCUGGCUAAAAGCCUUGGAGUUGGAGAUACACGAAGCUUACACGCUAUUCAGCCUGCUGGAUGACGAUCAAGAUGGAGAAGUGUCCUAUGAAGAAUUCCUUCACAGUGCCCUCAGACUGAAAGGGAACGCCAGGGCCAUCGAUUCCAUCAUGAUCAUGCACGAGCAGGUGAAGAUGCAUGAUGCUUUAAAGCGGCUCUCUGACAUGGUGACCAGCUCCUUCGACGAGGCGCAGAAGAUCCGCGACCGGAUCGAGGGUAGGAUGGCCCCCAAGACGGUCCCCGAGGCCCAAGUGAGGCAUCCGCACCCGGACCACCGCAACUCGAUGGGUUCUGGCUUCCAUUACUUGAGCGACCUCUUCGUCCCGCCGGAGAAGGUGAAGCAACGCAUCGCUCAGAGGAGGGCCUCCGCCACCGGGACCGAGCUGCAAAUACCACGUGGGUCCAAUCACUUGGAAUAG